ACUUUAGAAAAAAAAAAUCCUGACCGGGCAUCCCUCGGCUGCAGAGUCGACCUCAUCCAAGUUCCAUUUAUUAUUUUCUCCGAGGAAGCCCUUUCCCCAGGCACAGAUCCGGCUCCUCGCCGCCGCCAUGGCCGCCCGCCUCCCCCUCCUGGUCCUCGCCGUUGUCGCUGCGUCCCUCCUCGCUGCCGACGCGCGGCCGUGCCACACCUUCUUCGUCGCCUUCCGCGCCGACCCCAACCCCAGCAGAGGCGACGACGCUGUACCCCACCACCUCGGCGCCCCGCAUGUCGCUACAGUCAUCACCGUCUUCCGUGUCCGCCGUCUCGGUCCGCACGUCCCCCACGGCCACCGUAACCACCACCACCUCCACUCCAUCCCCGCCAACGUCCGGAUCCACCGCCCCGAUCUCCCGCACCCCGCCGCGGGGCCCCAGGAGCGCGCCAGGGACAUCUUCGUGGUCGUCAUCGGGCUCCUCUUUGGCGUCGCCUGCGGAGCGCUCACCGCUGCUUCCGUGUACCUCGUCUGGUCCAUGGUCGCCGGAGCUGCUGCGGUCUCCGCGUACGACGAGCUCUACGACGACGAGGACGAGGCGUCCGACAUCGAGAGCCCCAAGAAGGUCGGCUACGUCAUCAUCCAGGAGCUCGAGGUCGAUGAAGGCGGUAAGAACUAGGGCCGGAUUUGGUGGCGCUCGUGCUCCCGGGAGGUAGGGCAAGUUCCUGAAGUGGGUUGGCCUAUGGCCAUAUGUUGAGUGAAUCGUAAUGUCUGUAUGACAAUGUGAUGCGCAGUUGGGACUUGGGAGCCUUAGGGGUUUGCCCUCCAUGUGAAUAUGAUCGUGAAGCAUGCUUAAGCUACCAAAUGUGCUUGUUUCUGACGAACCUAUCAAUCAAUGUUAUGCACCACUGUGAAA